AUGAGGAAGCAUCUGGGCGGAUGCUGGUUGGCCAUUGUCUGUGUCCUGCUGUUCAGCCAGCUCUCUGCAGUCAAGGCCAGAGGCAUCAAGCACCGAAUCAAGUGGAACCGGAAGGCCGUGCCCAGUACCUCGCAGGUCACCGAGGCGCGCACGGCGGAGACCCGCCCCGGAGCCUUCAUCAAGCAAGGCCGGAAGCUGGAUGUCGACCUGGGAGCGGAGGGCAACAGGUACUACGAGGCCAACUACUGGCAGUUCCCUGACGGGAUCCACUACAAUGGCUGCUCAGAGGCCAACGUGACCAGGGAGAAGUUCGUGAGCGGCUGCAUCAAUGCCACCCAGGUGGCGAACCAGGAGGAGCUGUCCCGAGAGAAACAGGACAACAAGCUUUACCAGCGGGUCCUGUGGCGGCUGAUCAGGGAGCUCUGCUCCAUCAAGCACUGUGAUUUUUGGUUGGAGAGGGGAGCGGGACUUCGGGUCAGUGUGGACCAGCCCGUGCUGCUCUGCCUGCUGGUUUUCAUUUGGUUUAUUGUGAAAUAA